CCGGCUCCGCCCCCGCCGCGGUCACGGGGCCGCCCCGCCCGGCGCAGCGAUGGCGGCGCCCAGCGCCCUGUGGCUCGGGGGAGAUUCCGUGGAGUGGAUGCUGUGCCCCUACGACGCCCAUCACCGCGUCCCCCGCGCGUCGCUGGAGAGGCACGCGGCGUCCUGCCGGCUCCGCAAGAUGGGAUACUCCGCCGAGGAGGAGGCCGAGAUGUACGACUCCAGCUUCUUCUACGAAAAGGCGAAGAUUCCCACCGUCGCCAUGGAUAAAGAUCUACAGUUUCACAUUGUUAAGCAGGCUAGAGCUCAAAGUGCCAAGGAAGGCACAGGCUACAGUGAAGGAUCUUACUCAUUGCUGCCUGUAGAAGUUCCUCAAAAUCACAAGCGGUUUACCUGUGACCUCACUCAAGCUGAUCGCCUCGCUCUUUAUGAUUAUGUUGUUGAGGAAACAAAGAAACAGAGGUCUAGAUCCCAAAUAAUGGAAAAUGAUAGUGAUCUCUUUGUGGAUUUAGCAGCGAAAAUCACCCAAGAUGAUAGUCAGAAAGGUCCAAAGUCCCAUCUUGAAAUUCUGGCUGAAAUGCGAGAUUACAAAAGGCGGCGGCAGUCAUACAGGGCUAAGAAUGUUCAUAUAACAAAGAAGUCUUACACUGAGGUGAUUCGGGAUGUGAUUGGUGUGCAUAUGGAAGAACUCAGCAAUCAGUGGCAGGAGGAGAACAGGUUGGAUAAUGCAGAGAUAUGUGAAGGAGGGAAGUUGAAAUCUUCAGGAAGAAGGGAAGACAGGCGGUCAGCUUCAGUGGACUCACGGCAAUCUGGGGAAAGCAGUAAGGAUACUGAAUGCACAAGACACAGGAGAGACACCAGCAGGAGUCCAAGUAAACGAAGAAGGAGUCGCGAAAGAGGCAAAGACAGAGACUCUCGCAGAAAAAGAGAGAGGGAUGAAGACAAGUAUCACAGGCAUAAAAGAAGAAAGUAGAAACAAGAACCUGAUUAUUUUGUUUGUCAGCUGUUCAAAAAAUUACUUGCACAAGAACUGUUGCUACUGCUGUUGUGCUGAGGACAGUAACGCUGUGUACAUGAUACUGGUAUUGCAUCAUAGCUGUGCUUUGAGACAAAAAAGUGUUAAGGUUUGCCAGAGUGGAAGCAGUAUAUAGAGCAGAAAAUGUGUAAAUCUGUAACAUUCACGCAUCUUUUAAUAAAUUAUAUUGACUUUU